UCUCUCUCUAUCUCUGAAUUCUUUGUCAGUUUUUCGCUUCUUCUUCCUUCUCUGAUCUUGGCGACUGUCUACUCUAGUGGCUGGACGAUCGAGGGUCUUUGUAGAAUUUCUGCCGGAUUUUUCAGGGCAAUCGGGAAAUCCGGCUUGAUUUUUGUUUCUUAAUAUAAAGUAUAAACAUCAAGGAGGGUCAAGCAAGCAAAUAUGACCGUUAAGACCCCAGCAACCCCAGCUUCAAAGAUAGAGCGUACGCCGAUCACCACGCCUGGAGGACCCAAAGCUAAAGAGGAGAAGAUCUUUGUCACGGUUAGAGUGCGGCCUCUUAACAGAUUAGAAGAAAUACAAAAGGAUCAGGUAGCUUGGGAAUGCACGGAUGACAAUACAAUUGUACUGAAGAAUCCAUCUCACGAACGAACAUCUGCUUCUUAUACUUUCGAUAAAGUUUUUACACCAAAUUGCCUGACUGAGAGAGUUUAUGAGGAAGGAGCUAAAGAUGUGGCACUCUCUGCACUUACAGGAAUCAAUGCGACCAUCUUUGCCUACGGCCAGACAAGCAGCGGAAAGACUUUUACUAUGAGAGGAAUUACUGAAAGUGCUGUAAAUGACAUAUACAAGCACAUAAGAAGUACUCCAGAGAGGGAUUUUGUGGUCAAGAUUUCUGCUAUAGAAAUCUAUAAUGAAAUAGUGAGGGAUCUCCUUAAACCAGAAUCAGGUCCACUUCGGCUAUUGGAUGACCCAGAGAAAGGAACUGUUGUUGAGAAACUAGUGGAAGAAACAGCUACUGACGGUCAACAUCUAAGGCAUAUUAUAAGCAUUUGUGAAGCUCAAAGACAAGUGGGUGAAACUGCAUUAAAUGAUGCCAGCUCUAGAUCUCAUCAAAUAAUCAGGCUGACUAUUGAGAGUAGCCUCCGUGCAAACUCAGGCUGUGUGAAGUCCUUUUUUGCAAAUCUUAACUUUGUGGACCUAGCAGGCAGUGAACGAGCAUCACAAACACAUGCUGAUGGUAUACGGCUCAAGGAAGGCUCACAUAUUAACCGCAGUUUGUUGACACUUACUACGGUGAUCAGAAAGCUCAGUGAGGGAAAGAAGAAUGCUCACAUACCAUACAGGGAUUCAAAGCUCACACGCAUUUUGCAACUUUCUCUUGGAGGAAAUGCACGAACAGCAAUCAUAUGUACUAUGAGUCCAGCAUCAAGCCACGUAGAACAAUCUCGCAAGACACUCUCUUUUGCAACGAGUGCAAAGGAAGUUACAAACAGUGCCAAAGUAAACAUGGUUAUCUCUGACAAGCAGUUAGUUAGACAUUUGCAGAAGGAGGUAGCUAGGCUUGAAGCAGAGCUACGCACUCCAGAACCAUCAGCGGAAGCUUUGUUGAUGGAAAAAGAAAUGGAAAUCCAGAAGCUGAAGAGUGAAAAUGAAGAACUGAAGCGAAAGCUGGACGAAAGAAAAGCACUGGACGAGCGGCAGGGUAUGGUGCCAUGUGAUUCACAUAACCGAGUCGUCAAAUGUCUCUCUUUCUCUGGUCCGUUAACAUCACCAGAAAAUGGCCUUUGUGAUGAAGCAGGGACGUUAAAAAAGUUGAGAAAGUCCUUAGCUAGGCAGCCAAUGAGACAGUCUAUGGCUUCUCCCUCUAUUCUUGUGCAAGAAAUACGGAAACUUGAGAAGUUGCAAGAGCAGCUUGGUGAAGAAGCUAACCGAGCUAUUGAAGUUCUUCAGAAAGAGGUUGCUUCUCAUAAGUUAGGAAACCAAGAUGUGGCUGAGACUGUGGCAAAACUCCAAGCAGAACUAAGGGAGAUGCGUGCUGUUCGAUCAACAAAUAGAGAACUUGAUGUUGCAGAGAUGGUAAAUAACCAAAACACCAGCGCAACCUUGAAGGAAGAGAUCAGUAGACUGCAUUUACAGGAGAACUCAAUUGCCAAUUUGGAAGCUCAGCUUGAAAUUGUACAGAAGUCCAUUGACAAGCUGGUUUGGGCUCUUCCAAGCAAUAAUGCAUCCAAUGAGGAAACACCAAAAUCUAAAAUGCAACCGAAGAAGAAAAAGGUUCUUCCGCUGCAAUUGAGCAAUAGUGUUAACAAGCAACAUUUUAUAAAAUCACCGUGCUCGCCUCUGUCAUCAUCUCAGAGUGUUUUAGAGUCAGAACCUGAAAAUAGACCACCAGAAAAUGAUGAUAUCACAUCAUGUGAAAUGUCACAAGAGGCGCAUAAGGUUACACCAACCAGAAGUGAAGAUGGUGAUGAACCAUCUUCGAGGGAGGGAACACCUUGCUAUCAUCGUUCCAACUCUGUCAACGUAAGAAAAAUUCAGAAGAUGUUCAAGAAUGCAGCUGAGGAGAACAUAAGGAGUAUAAGAGCUUAUGUUACAGAACUCAAAGAACGUGUAGCUAAACUGCAAUACCAGAAAAAGCUCCUCGUUUGCCAGGUAUUGGAACUUGAAGCAAAUGAUAAUACAGGAAAUGAAACUGCACCAGACGAAAAUUCAUCUGAUAUCCGCAACUCUCCUGCAUCAUGGCACAUAUUUUUUGAUAAUCAACGGAAGCAGAUAAUCCAGUUAUGGGAUUUGUGUCAAGUAUCCAUUAUACAUAGAACGCAGUUCUACUUGUUAUUCAAGGGAGAUCCAGCUGAUCAGAUUUAUCUGGAGGUGGAAAUGCGCAGGCUAACCUGGUUACAGCAACACCUUGCAGAACUUGGAAAUGCCAGCCCUGCACAAGUAGGAGAUGAGCCUGCAAUAUCACUUUCUUCCUGCAUGAGAAACCUCAAGCAUGAAAGAGAAAAUCUUGCUAAAAGAGUUAACUCUCGCUUAGCUCCAGAGGAGAGGGAUAGAUUGUACAGGAAGUUUAGAAUCCCCCUAGAUGGAAAGCAAAGAAAGUUGCAGCUGAUUUAUAGGCUCUGGAUCGAUCCUAAUGACAUGGAACACAUUCAGGAGAGUGCUGAAAUAGUGGCAAAGCUUAUUGGAUUUUGUGAAACUGGCCAUGCUUCAAAGGAGAUGUUUGAGCUUAACUUUGUUCUACCUUCAGACAAAAAACCAUGGCUACUUGGGUGGAGUCCCAUUUCCAACCUUCUCAAUUUGUAAAAAACUUUUGACUCCAGAGAGUCUGUAGUCUGUGGCAGAUGGAGACUUCUUUGCCUCCAUCAUCCAUCCAUUCGCAAUUCAAUUUGUAUGCUUAUGUAAUAAUAGAGAUCAUAUUGAUCUUCCAUAUCCUUGUCAUCUUCUAAGCUAACCAAUUAACGUAGCUUAGAAGGAGAUCAGCAGAUAACUUUUUUUCUUUAAUGUACGGUUGAUGCCAGUAAGAUAUUUUGUGCACACGUUUCCA